AUGGGUAUAAAAAAUCAAGAGAUGCAAUCAGAAAAGCGACAACCGUAUUUAGAAAGUAAACAAGCAUCAAAAGAUUAUGCAGAAACAUAUUUUAAUAGAGUUUAUAAUUAUCUAAAAAUAUUACCAAAUGAACCAAUUUCAUCAUCAUCAUCACUUUUAUCACCAUCAGAAUAUUGUUUUAGAUGUAAAACAACUUAUAAAAAAAAUUCAAUAUUAUGGUGUAACGAAUGUGAAACAAAAUUAUUUAAAGAAAAUUUUAGUUAUUGGACAAGUGAAAUAGAUUUAUUAGAUGAAUUUAUUAAAAAAACCCAAUUAACAAAUUCUGUUAAAGAAAAUUAUUUAAAAUUAAUUCCUUUUGAUGAAUUUGAAAAUAUAAUAUUAUUAGAAGAAGGUGGUUAUAGUAAAGUUUAUCUCGCUUCUUGGAAUAAUGGACUUUAUUUUGGUACGAUGAAAGGUUGGAUAAAUGAAGUAGAAAAACAUAAUGAUGAUUUUAUUUGGAAAUUAAUUUAUGAUGAAGCCCCUAAUAAUGUUAGAGAAUUUGGUUUACAAUCUUUAUCCUUACCUGAUAAUAAAAAAAAAUCUGAAGGUUUUUUUAAAAUUGUUAAUAAAUUAAAAAAUAAGAGAAAAUCUCUUUCUUCUAAAACUGAAGAAUUAAAAUUAUGGAGUGAUCGCGUUGUCGCUAGACUUGAAUAUGAGAUCACGGAAAGGAAUAUUUCAUUUUCGUUUAGCGAUAAAAGUACAACAGGAUCUCAAUAUGUAGUACUUAAACAAUUAAAAAAUUCAAAGAAUAUCAAUGGAGCUGAUUUUAUACGUCAGCUUGAUUCAUAUUACACUGUAAUGAGUUCGGAAAAAAGUCCAAAAUUAUACGGAAUUUCUCGGGACCCAGAAACCAACGAUUACAUUUUGGUUAUGCAAUAUGCAAGCGGAGGAGAUUUACGUCAAUAUCUUCAAGAUAAUUUUGUUGAAAUUGAUUGGUAUCAGAAAAUUUCCAUAUUAUUAGAAAUAGCGAAAGGAUUGAAAGCUAUACAUGAUCAUGGAUACGUACAUCAUGAUUUUCAUAGUGGAAACGUUUUAUUAGAACUUUCAGAAUCUUUUGAAGGUGAAGAAAAUGAAGACUCAAAAUAUAAUGUUACACAAAAAUAUGAUAUAUUAAUUUCAGAUCUUGGAUUAUGUAAUGUAUUUUCUGAUUCCUUAUCAUAUAGUAAAAAAUUUUAUGGUAUAAUACCUUACAUAGCACCAGAAAUAUUAUCAAAUAUUGGUAACGAUGAUGAAAAAGAAGAAAUAUAUACUAAAGCUUCAGACGUUUAUUCUUUCGCGAUGAUAAUGUGGGAAUUAACUUCAGGUCAACAAUCUUUUGUUCAUUUUUCUCAUGAUGAAAAUUUAAUAAAAGAAAUUAUUAAUGGUUUACGUCCUGAAAUUAUUAAAGGAACUCCAAAAUCUUAUUUAGAUUUAAUGAUAAAAUGUUGGGAUAAUUCACCUUUAAAUAGACCAAAUAUUAAUGAAAUUAUUGAAAUUAUUGAAAAUUGGAAAAUUCAAUGGAAUUUAAAUCCUGAAAUAAUUGAAGUAGCUGAAAUUGAAAGAAAAGAAUUGGUUAAAAGUAAUGAUUGGAUUCUUUUUAAUAAUUAUAAAAAUCCUGAAGCUUUUUAUUUUAGUAGAGAUUUAAAUUUCUAA